ACCUCUGAAAGGCAGACGGUACUGCCAUUUCAGAUUCGUUCGGUGCCGCGUGAAGGAAAGCUCGCAUCAUCGUCUCCAGUACGCCGUCCGCGACGCGCGCUUGCGAUGAGCCAGCUAAUAAAGUUCCUAUCGGUCUUGCAGUUUUGUGUCCUGAUCGCGGCUCAAAGGACGGCACUGGAUAGUCCGGGGAAUUUAAUGCUUUACGGACAAGUUCGUCGUCUCCUCUUCCGCGCUUUUGUUGAUAGGACAUCAAACAGAAGAAGCAGUGGGGACAAUAUACUUCCGAAUACCCAAGAAGAAAUUCCUGCAAAUGUUCCUUUUCCAUGUAACGUGACAGGCGGCAGAUCUCCGCGAGUACCGACUUCUGUUCAUCGUUUGAGGCCAGGAGACAUAGAUGUGAUCGGAUCGAUAGGUGAUUCGUUGACAGCGGGCAAUGCAAUAUUUGCGACCAAUCUCCUUGAAAUAGCGAUCGAAAACAGAGGUGUCUCGGGGAGCUCCGGUGGCCAGGGGAAUUGGCGAACUUAUUUGACACUUCCGAAUAUUCUUAAGGAAUUCAAUCCAAAAUUGUUUGGCUAUGCACUCGGAGAUUCGUAUACUGCUCACUCGGCAUCGCAAUUCAAUGUCGCCGAAAUUGGUGCAAUGUCCCGAGACAUGCCUUUUAUGGCACAAUAUCUAGUCAACAAAAUAAAAAAGGAUCCCAGGGUUGACAUGAAAAACCAUUGGAAGAUGAUUACAUUUAUGAUUGGAAACAACGAUUUUUGUACGAACAUAUGCAAUAUCCCUUCACCAUGGUCUAUCGUUGACGACCAUAAAAAGGAUCUAAUUAAAACCCUUCGAUACCUGAGGGACAAUUUACCACGGACAUACGUCUCUCUUAUUCUACCUCCACAUUUAAAAGUGCUUGUUGACACAACGCAAGGAAGAGGCAUAUUCAGAUGUUACGUAUUAACAACGGUGGAAUGUCCUUGCCUGAUUGGAUUGAAAAAUCUAAGUAAAAGACCUUUGUAUUACGAAGUGAUAAAAAGUUGGCAGAAAAUGGAAGCAGACGUUGCAGAGUAUCCAGAGUUUCACACAGAAGACUUCACAGUUGAAGUUUUACCCGGUAUUAAACAAGUAACUAUACCACUAGCUGAGGAUGGAUACCCUGAUCUUUCCUACAUGGCUUAUGACUGUUUCCAUGUAUCUCAAAAGGCAAACGCAUUAUAUGGAAAUAUUCUGUGGAACAACUUGAUGGAACCACAUGGUAAUAAGAGUACUGAUUGGUAUCCUAUGAUGAAGAAGUUCCUGUGUCCUACUGCAAAAAAACCAUACCUAGUAACGCGUGAAAAUUCACGGAGAAGUAACAAUCUUACUUAAUGUAACACUAGAACUACCGAGCGUGUAAUAGGAUUAAUAUGUAACUCUUAUAAAAAUUGUAACAGUAAAUUUUUUCAAUUUCGUCAUAUAUUCAUUAUAAUAUUCAAGUGAAACUA